CCCUAACUUGUCAGUGCUGCUUCUAAGCGCACACAAGCGUAGACUUAACAGCUCUAUAUAGGGCCCAGUCUACACCGCGUUGCUCGUCGGAGACCCUGCCGCGCGUUACCAGCUUGGCUUCCUCGUGAACGGCAUUCGCUACAGCGCGAGGUUAAUCGAAGGUUUGCCGCUAUGAUGCGGCGGCAACACGCUGCCCCCCUUGUGGGGGCGGUCAACGUCUUGAUGGUGGUGCUCGCCUUCGUCGCGAGCGCUAACGCGCAGUGUGUACCUGGCGGUAUCUUCAACUGCCCUCCUUCGCCGGCUCCUCCAUCGCCGGCUCCUCCAUCGCCGGCUCCUCCAUCGCCGGCUCCUCCUUCGCCGGCUCCUCCAUCGCCGGGCCCUCCAUCGCCGGCCCCUCCUUCUCCUCCCAGCCCCGCUCCUCCCAGCCCCGCUCCUCCCAGCCCGGCCCCUCCCAGCCCCGCUCCUCCCAGCCCGGCCCCUCCCAGCCCGGCCCCUCCCAGCCCGGCCCCUCCCAGCCCCGCGCCCCCGUCGCCCCCCAGCCCCGCUCCCCCCAGCCCCUCGCCCCCGGCCCCCCCCAGCCCCUCUCCCCCCAGCCCAGCCCCUCCUCUGCCCCCGAGCCCUGCUCCCCCCAGCCCUUCGCCCCCGGUGCCCCCCAGCCCCUCGCCCCCGGUGCCCCCCAGCCCGGCUCCUCCUAGCCCGACCCCUCCCAGCCCCUCGCCCCCGGUGCCCCCCAGCCCGGCUCCUCCCAGCCCGGCCCCUCCUGUGCCCCCGAGCCCCGCUCCUCCCAGCCCCGCGCCCCCGGUCCCCCCCAGCCCGGCCCCUCCGUCGCCUCCCAGCCCGGCCCCUCCGUCGCCCCCGAGCCCCGCUCCCCCCAGCCCCUCGCCCCCUGCUCCCCCCAGCCCUGUUCCCCCCAGCCCUGCUCCCCCUAGCCCUGCUCCCCCCAGCCCCAAGCCGCCCGCGCCCCCUCCUCCCCCGAGCCCUCCCCCUCCUCCCCCUCCUCGCCCUCCCUUCCCCGCCAACACUCCCAUGCCCCCCAGCCCUCCCUCUCCCCCUCCCUCUCCUGCCCCUCCUACUCCUCCUACUCCUCCCUCCCCUUCCCCUCCCUCCCCCGUUCCGCCCAGCCCUGCGCCCGUCCCUCCCUCGCCCGCGCCUCCCAGCCCGGCCCCGAGCCCUCCUCCCUCGCCCGCUCCUCCCACCCCCUCUCCUUCUCCUUCCCCCUCUCCUUCUCCCUCUCCCUCUCCUUCCCCCUCUCCUUCCCCUUCUCCCUCUCCUUCUCCCAUUCCUUCCCCCUCGCCCAAGCCCUCUCCCUCGCCCGUGGCCGUCAAGCUGGUUUGGGCUGAUGAUGCCAUCGCCUUCGACGACCUGAACGGCACCUCGACCAGGCCCGGCUCCGCCUCGCGCAUGGUCGGCGAGCCCGACAUCGCCGGCACCAAGUGCAAGGGCAACCUGAAGGGCUGGAUGCCCAAGCCCAGCAGGAACCCUCGCUGGGGCCAGGCUGUGUUCUCCGGUGGCCGCACCGUGGGCUCCGUCGCUAACGUCACCAUCCGCGUCGCUUUCGCGACCGAGAAGCCCGCGCUGAUCUACUCGAGCAUCGAGCUGGUCGUGUACAACACUGGUGCCACCCUCAUCCGCGUGCCCAUCGCCGCCAAUGUGACCCGCAGCCAGAUCAGGUGCCCUGGCUUCCUGACCUAUGGCACCACCCCCAUUGCCGGCUACCCCACUGGCAUCGACGCCACCACCUGGCCCAACUGGAAGAUUGCCGGCGUGCGCAUCAACAUGGGCGCGGGCAACAAGAAGCCCAAGACCUCGAUUGACGCGGUCGGCCUCAACCUGAAGUAAACAGCUUAGUAUGACGCACCCAUGGUGUGCAAACUAAGCGUGUUUGUGUUUUGUGUGCGCCCGCGUAAGCGAGGCCCGUGUGUAUGCACGGCUCGUCAGCGCACCAAUCGUGCGCACUGAUUGAUUGCCGUUGCGCUUGUGUGUUCAUACCUGUACGGCUAUUCUUGGGUGCGUGUCAGAUUCUGGUGGCGACCGAGUGGUGGCGUCUUCCUCUGCACCUAAAUGUAUCCCGGUUUUGACGUGACGUGACCGGCAGUCCUGGAAAAGAGCUAGCCAUGGUCUCAAGGCAUGUCCGCCAGUUGCGGCGGCGGCGGAGAACUGCCGCCUUGUGAUAUGCUGCGUCUGUUGUUGCGCGCACAUUGCGGAAGCAUGCUCGGCACCCGGCACGAGAUUUCGGUGACAGGUGGUAUAAUCUAGGGAAGUCCUUUACUGAACCUGUGACACUGAUGCAGCGCUCGCCGCAUCCGGACGGCAUCACCGCAGUGGUGAUCUGACUCAGACCUAUGAUCGGAAAGCUCUCUUUCAUGCGAGAUUGAACGGAGACCUGCAACUUUCUCCCCCUUGCGGGCCACACACAUGUAAUGUUCCUUCGGAGA